AUGAAUGAUCGAAUCAAUCGCCCCGUGAAAGCUGCCUGUCUAGCUUGUCGCGCUUCGAAAACACGCUGUGACGGACAAAACCCGUGCCGACCGUGCACAUUAAGAGAUCGCAUUUGCACCUAUAGACCCAGUAGAAGGGGCGGGCCUCGUCGAGGACCUCGACAGUCGGCUGUCGAGUCUAGUCCGCUACCGCCACAGGCCGCAGCAAUAAUCCAUGCUCCGCAGUCUACACCUUCACUGCCAGAUGAGUCCACUCUCACGCCUAUGGACUCCAAUCUCUGGAGUUCAGCGACCCCUUUCUCCUCUCUUGGGAGGAAUCAGGAUUCAAAUCGGCCUGUGAAAGACGUCUGGUCCCCUCCGCACCAGGACUCACAAGGAGAACUCCAAGGGCCGGUUCUGCGGGUCUAUACUUCUGAAGAAGAAAUACAAAUUGCCUAUUACCAUUUUGUCCAUCCAUGUCUACCUUUAUUGCCCCCUCCGCCCGGUUCGUCUCUGCCUCAGGACAAUCCGCAUGUCUUCCAGCCAUCACAUGGACUGGCCGGCACAGUGGAGCUAUCUUGUCUGCCCUACCGGCCGACGUCCUCGUUGAGCCUGGCAUUAUCCGCCAUUCUGGCCUUGAUACCACCUCCGCAUGAUCGGAAUCAAUCCGAACCCUGCAGUGUGUGGCUACGACGGUCUUACGCUCAGCUCUUUGCUCAAGCCGCUCUCCGCAUGGCAGAGAAGGAGAUCGAGGACUUUACAGGCGGCUGGGCAAACUCCGAUGGUUUGGUAGAAGGCCGAGAUUUCCAUCCGCAAUUACCGACGCAGUUGCACCCGAUUCUGGCUCUGACCGUCCUCAGUGUAUAUGACUUGUGUCAAUGUGGCAAUAAAUCACGCAUGCGGAUGCGCGCUAAUCAAGCCAUUACAACAGCCAUGGAUUAUUCGCUUCACCAACUCGACGAGAACGCAACAGAAGCACAGCGUCGAGCAUGGUGGACUGCGGUCAUCGUGAUGUACCAUUCGUCGGCCAACAAUGACUCGUCGCCCAUUAUCAGCAUCAGUGAUCCGAGAAUAACCACUCCGUAUCCUAAAUUUGAUAUUCAGGUUAAAGUCUCAGAGCCUUGGUCGCUCUUACUGAAAGCGCAGGACGCCAUCCUCUCCGUCUGCGCUGUGAUGCGUCCACUAACUGCGAAGAGCCAGAACGGCUCACUGGCACUGGAUCUCCGGGAGCGGGCUUGUCGCCUCGACAGGCACAUACUAUCAUUAGCGGCGGACUGUGACCACUGUGAGCUGGAGUUAGGAGCAGCGGAAAAUGAUCAAGUUGAAAACCUGGCCGCUUUGAGCAUUUGGAAGACUGCUUGUGCCAUGACUCAUACAGCACGAGUCAAGCUUCAUCGCUACAGAGCCUUUUCCGAUAUUCCCAUAUUUCUGGAGAAGCAUUGUGACCUUACUUUUCUCAAGCUGGACACUUUUCCAUCGCAGACUGCCUCGCUUCCGGUGCAGCCGGAUCUAGAUUCGAUCUUUCCCUUCACCCAGACUGAGUCAUCAAUAAUCAGCUUAAAGUCGUCCCUCGCUAUUUCGCGUGCCCUAGCAGGCCUACCACGUUCAGGUCUUUUGCCCCUGCGUACAGCAGAGAUGGACGAACCAAGAAACUCCAACGCCGCAGGGUACACCGGAUCCCUGCCAUUUUUUAAGUGUGCCGCUAUGCAGGCCUCCUACGUGUUGUAUAUGUUGGUGCACCGGCUCCGGGCGGCACUGUCGUCAAAACGCCUUUCGGUUUGCUAUCCGCUUCUGAACCACCCGGAACCUGUGACCGAAGUUCAAGACGCUAAGCGAUUGAUAGAGGAGCUCCGCAACGGGGCUCAUUCUAUGAUUGUCUGCCUGAAGCGGGACUUAAUCUUUGAAGGUAUUGGCGGCAUGAUACGUGAUCUUGAUGCAGCAUAUUUCUCUCUGUUUCCGAACUAA